ACUGCAAUUGCAACUUCCACAACUGCUUAUGCUUACAUAGGUAGUAAUGCACAGCUCUCGCUCUGGCUGAUGCUCCCCUCCCGCCAGAGCCAUGAAGAGGAAAGCAACUGCCGAGGGUGGAGUGCCAUCCGGCCAAUUUAAACGGCUGCAUAUCCAAUCACCCCAGGGAAACGAUACCGAGUUCCUUCCUCCAGCAUCAACCGAUUCUACCUCGAGUCAGGAUGACCACGAUGACCAAGACCACGACAACGACCAUGACAAUGACAACACGACCACCUCAUCCGACAACCACCAGCCCCUCACCCCGACAGCAACCUCCAUCCCCAGCACCCCCUCCCGGCGCGCCCGCAAGUUCCCCUCCGACCUCAAGACCAUCCCGUGCACCUACCCGGGCUGCCCCAAGACCUUCAACCGGCCCGCCCGCCUCGCCGCCCACCUGCGGUCCCACACCAACGACCGGCCGCACCGGUGCGGGUACGAGGGGUGCGGCAAGACGUACAUGGAGGAGAAGCACCUGGCGCAGCACAUCAAGGGCUCGCACACGCACGAGAAGAAGUACGCGUGCGCCGAGCCCGGGUGCGGCAAGUCCUUCGUGACGGCUACCCGCCUGCGCCGCCACGCCGCCGUCCACGAGGGCGCCGAGCGGUUUCGCUGCCGCGGCUACGACGGCUGCGCCCUCAGCUUCCGCAAGCACCAGACCCUCCAGCGCCAUGUUCGUGUUGCUCACCUCGGUGCGGCCGCGUUUGUGUGCUCGGCGGCGGAGGACUGUGAGGCCGGGUUUGAUACUGCUGGGGCUUUGCGCAGGCAUGUCGAGCGGGAGCAUGGGGAGGUGCGGUUUUGGUGUGAGGAGUGUGGGAAUGAGGAGGAUGGGGAUGGCCGCAGGGUUGGCUUUAGGACCCUGCUGAUGCUGCAGGCGCACAUGCGCAAGGAGCAUGUCAAUUGUGUGUUUUGUGAUGUCAAGUGCGGGAGCCAGGCCGAGCUCGAGAGGCAUGUGGAUAUGUACCACUCCGGCACGACGGUGGAGGACAGAAAAACGGUCGAGUGUCCGUGGGAGGGGUGCGGGAAGAAGUUUACCAGGGUGCCGAACCUGAACACGCACAUCCGGACGGCGCACGAGGGACUGCGGUUCGUCUGCGGGCAGGUGGAUACGUACCAGGUCGAGGACAUUGCCGAUUGGAACUGGCAGGAGGAAGGGUGCGGGCAGGGCUUCAUCAGCAAACUGAAACUGGAGGAGCACGUACGCUAUGUGCACUUAGGCAGGAAGCGACCGCCCAAGCUGUACACGGUCAAGUCGGCGCUGCCGGGCGAGGAUGACGAAAUGUCUGCCGCCUUACCCACGCGGACCAUCCCCUGCUCCGCCGAAGGGUGCGAUGCCAUGUUUAUUCGGCAUGCCGACCUGGACAAGCACCUGCGGAAGCAUCACCCCGAGCCGGAAGGGGAUGCUAUCGACCCGCGCCUGCAGGAGGCAGGUGGGAACGGCGAGCCGUUCUGGGUUGAGUCGGUCAUCCCUGCUGUGGCCGAGCCGAGUUUUGAUGCGGAGUGGGCUGAGAUGCGCAGGCUGAUCGAUUUGGACGCGCUGGUCGACGCGAAGGAGUAGGGUUAAAAGCGCUGUUUUUGGGAUGCAUGGCUAUGCAGGAGUACAUAUACCCUUUGCUGAUUUUGUUGUCAUGAUGUUUACGAGGGUGGGUUUUGAAGAAAAUGUGGGAAAGCUGGAAGUCAAAAGCAACGCUACUAUGUUUCGCUAUAGAAGAGGCAGAACGCCGUAUAUCAAUACAGAUGAGACCUUUAUUGUCC